AAUCUGGUUGUGUUCAAAGAGCGAUCUAUUUUAGAUCAUAAUUAAAGCCUUAUAAUUACUAAUUUAUCAAGAUAUACACUGGGUAAGGAAACAUGAAUCUGUAUUAGAAAGCAGUCUUAAUCAUACAAGGCAUUUCUUUUUCGGAAAUAAUUCUAUAGUUUUUGAAGUCAAGGUACGUUCGCACAGUGGACGUCGCUGAUUUGAAGUCCCUUGGACACUUGUAGGAGUAUGUAAAUAUUGGCCAAUGAUCGUCUCUGGUGUUUCUUCGUGAAUAUUAAAUUAAGCACGUGAUUGGUUUUGUAGAAAAGUCACUUAUUAAAUAUUCAUAAGAACAGCCUUCGCGGUAGUAGGAUUCGCAAUUCACGAAUGCGCUGGUGUACGCGCACGUGGUAAAUCUAUAAACACGAUUUUGAGACACGCAUUUAUUCGUUAUGUGCUGUUAAGGAGAGUUGAUUAUUGUGAUGGAAAAAGCAAAUCCAGCAGAUCCUCCUCCGAACUGGAUCCAGCAGCACACUGUCUACCAAGAGCUGAUGCGCUUAGAUGUCGGAGACAGUGCUCAAGUACAUGCUACCUUCCUGGUGUACAUGGAUCUGACGGAAGUGCGUAAAUGGAAAGAUGUGGUCGGGGUUUCCUGUCCGGAGUUACAGGCGGUUCUUCUGGAGGGUCGAGAGAAGGAAGGAGAAACGAUCCAGAUGAUUUACCCUCUGCCUUCACACAGAUCCAUCAAGCACAGAGAGUUGCGCAGUAUAUUAAACAGAGGUUCUCCUAUCCUUUUGUGUGCGGUGGCUUCUGACUCCACUCUGGUGUACCAGAGAUUAUGUGAUGGCUUUCUAACUCCUGACCCUCCUGUGGACAUUCAAGACCAAGGUCGCCGACAGCAUCGCAAACGGAGGUUACAGACAUGAUGGAUUGUGAUUGAAUGAGAAUUUGGUAUGAUUAUAAUUGAUGUUGGCCAGUUUAACUGCAUUUAUAAGCUGGCAUUAAGCUGGCAUACGAGCAUGCAGUAGAGCUACAAAACAAUUUAGAACAGCUGCAAAUGUUUAUGCAUUUGUGAAUACAUGUAUACUUACAUGUAAAUAUAUAAAUGUAUAUAUUCAUGUGUGUAUUCACAAAUGCAUAAUAGGCAUAAAUAUAUAUAUAUAUAUUGUUUUGUUUUAAGCCAGUGGGGUUUAAAUGCAAGAAAUUAAAAUAUUUCUGCGUGUGUGUGUUUAUAUAACCAUAAUAAAUAUACACAGUGCACAUAUGUAGUUGCAAAAAUGUAUUUUUUUUUGUAUAGAACGCAAUUGUGUAAUUGCAAAAGUGUAAAUAGUUUGUAAUACAUAAAACACAUUACAGAAACAAAGAAAAGCCUAAAAACAGUACUUUAUAAAACCAACAUCACUGAGCUGCUUUUCUUUACUUCAGUAUUUGCAAUAUAUUAUGUUUUGAAUGUGAUGCAUCAUUUCCACUGACAGGAAGACAAGGCAGUUCAUAUUAAGCAGCGUCUUCACCUUUAAAAUAAAACUAAACCUCCAAUAGUUUUUUUGUUUACAUUACAGCAGAGCAUUGUAAAGCUGCAUUUGGUAACUUGUUACAGUCAAAUAAUUCCUUUAUAUCUCUUUAUAAUACAGCUUUCUGUGUAGAAUUCCAAUGUGUGUGAUAUGUUUUGUGGACUCGACUUUUUUUGUGAAGGAAAAGUACAUACUUUUGAGUGCAACAGAGGAGUAUGCAAACUUUGAGACAUACUUCCUCAUUACAUCUCCUGUCAGUCAUCUCAACACAUCAUCCAUUUUUUCAUAUUUAAUUACCUUACUUUAUUGAAGAAGCAGCAGCAGGUUAAUCUGCCAUUCACGAGUAUUUCAUGCAGAGAAAUCUCCUCAGGUCUUUUGAUAAUUACGCAUUCAGACGUUAAUGUUCAAACAUGUCUUUAUAUAAGUUCACGUUGUUGCAGAUGAAAAAUAACACGGAAAACGUGAUUUAAAUAUUUUCCAGUUGGCUGGAUAUUAAUUAAUAGUCUUUCAAAAAUUUACCGAAGCCUCUCUGCUUGACGGUUGCUCUAGCGCGUCCGCCAUCUUUGUAGUUUAUUUACACUUUCCAUCCGCGUUUGUACUUCUAAUCAAAUUCACGUCCACGGUUGGAGUACGGACGUUUCUACACAAUGCAUUUUUUUUUUUUACCGGAAAUAGAGCAUAUGGGAACCUUUGGCAUGCCCUUUUCAACAUACUAUGGUUUGGGAAACACUGAUUCUAUUUUCUAAUACUAUUUAGGAUGCAGAACAUGUCCUGCUGCAGAGGUUUGACAGGAAACCGGAUUUCAGUCACUUUGUGGAAAGCAUAUGUGCUCUGUUUGAAUCAUUUACUCACACCCUUUAUAUUGUGGAUGAUUUUACCAUAUAAAAAUAGUAAUUAUGUGAA